GUUGCUUGUCGGACCACUCAGGGAGAACACCCGAGCAGCCUCGCCUUGUUACUAGGCAACCAAUGUAAACAAGGGGGGAAUGAUUUGCAACAGUUCUUUCCUCUCCGACUGGAUGUGUUUGUAACAAACUUAACCCAAGGUUCACUGACUUACGUAUCCUGAAGCCAGAAGGAAGGAAGGAAGGAAGGAAGACGGACAAGAAGUCCCAAAUGUUGUCAGAAUGGUGCAAAAUGUUACAUGACAACUGAGUUAUAAUUUCAUCGAAAGCCACAGAACAAAAAAUAUACAGGAAGUGGCUGGUGCUUAGUGCUCAGGUGUCUUGCACAAAGAUCUAUACAACAACAACGAUUCAUCCUCAAACACAUGAUCUUCAGCAGCUGUCAUGAGCACAAGCACAAGAAGAGGACAGAGUCUUCAAGGGCAGACCAACAAUACAGGAAAAAAACAUGGCGUUGUCAAUAAUAAAGCACAACAGGUUGCUGCACCUGGUAGGAGAGCAGGUGAAGUUGACCUGCCAUUUCCUAACAAGCCUGUGACAAUUAGACCUCACAACCCCAGGACACUCGCCUCACACCUUACAAAAGAACCAAGAACCAAAGAACAUCGUUCAAGUGGCACCAGAGAGACCGCGGCAUCCCAGCAUCCGAGAAGAGACUUUCACAGACAGUCCAAAUUAGAACUGCACAUUGACAAAGAAAUUCAUGCUAAAAAGCUGUUGCUACAGGAGAAACUGUGGAGGCUAGAGGAAACAGUAACACAAAAAAUCCAGAAAGAUAGUGUUAAAGCUGCUGCAGGUGAUAACCAGAUGAGAAGAGAACCAGUCAGAGGUAGUUCAAUGAUGAAGCAAGAAAAAAGACAUGAGGAUGUUAAACAACUUAGGGAGAGGCAAGAAGAUCAGAGGGAUGAUGACAGAAUGAGGAAUACACAUGCAGGAGAAAUGGCCAGAUGGAAAAAAAGGGAAACAGAAGUUUCACACAGUCCCCACUCGCAAAGAAAAGGACAAAGGGGAACUCAUGAGAUCACAGUUCAUGGGCAAGACAUGAGUGGAGAGCCAAUCAAAUCGAGGUGGGAAAAUGUGAAAGAGCGCACCAGAGGAAAUGGAGGGGAUGGAAAAGAUAAUGGCAUGUGGGGAGAAACAGUUGUGAAAGCAAAAGAAAGAGACAAGACAAGAGAUCAGAAAUACAGGGACAGGACAUGGAAAGAUAUGUAUGGUUCAGAUGACGAACAAGACAAGCUUCAGAUGAGCCAACAGAAAAUUUCUCAUCGAACUGCAACAGAGAAUCGCAGAGGUGCAGGGAGAAACCAGUCCGGGGAACCACGGCUUCCACCAGUCUCCGGCCCUUCUCAUUCAGAUGGACCGGAGCAGGGGGAGCUCACACUUACAGAGAGCACUGACGUCGGAAGCCAACGUCUUCCUUGCAAAAUCUGCAACAGGAAGUUUGCAAGCGAAAGGUUAGAGGUACAUGUCAAAAUAUGCAAAAAGCAUAAACAAUCACAUCGCCAAGUCUUCAACUCCUACAACAACAGGACCAAGGGAUCCACCUUAGAGGAGUUCUUGAAAUUCCACAGCGUAUCCACGACUCCAGAGGUUUUAAAGAAAAAGAACCCAAGACAGAACCACAAGGGAAACGCAAAGAAUCUGCAAGAGGUUCGACUGCCAGCUGGGACCCCACAGCAAAAAUGGUCCAGACACUUCAGUUAUGAACCAGUUGAAUAAGGGAUCCUCAGGAUUCAGCACAACAUCAUCAGUAUUGUCAGUAGGCUUUGAACUAAUUGAUGUUAAUCCUACAGAUUUUUCUUGUCUACAUUGUUUGAAUACAUUCCAUACUAAUUUAACAGUUAGCUUUGACUGCUUACAAGGACAGCACAUGCUGAAGGUGCACUGUGUAGUUUUUAUGUAGACAUUUUUAUCAGAUUUUUUUUAAAGCCAAAACAAAUUAAAUAAUAGUGCACCUUCGAUAUCAACAAAUAUAAAUAGGUAUGGUAUAUUGUAGCACACAUUGUGAGAAAUAGUGACUGUACACGCAUAAUGAAAUAUAGCAGUUAGUUUUAUUUGUAUCUUUUACACAAAGCAUGAAGCAACAGUGUGACUGAGAGAAGGAGGGUUUACACUGUUAAAUUGCCACAAUAUUUGGUUAACCAGUGAAAAAAAAAUAAAGCAGAUUUUAAAAUGUUGUAAA